UAUUUUGCUAUGGAGGAGGGAUCCACUGAAGAGUUUCUCUUCAAAGACCAGGACUUCUCUUCCGAACUGCUGAGGCAGCUGAAUGCUCUGCGACAGAGCGGGAUGCUGACUGAUGUUACCCUCUGUUCCGGGGGCUUUGAAAUCCCCUGCCACCGAAAUGUGCUGGCCUCCAGCAGUCCAUACUUCAAGGCAAUGUUCUGUAAUGACUUCAGAGAGAGUCGCCAGGCUAAAGUCAUCCUGAAGGGCAUCGAUGCCAACAUUUUGGAUCAGAUUAUCCUUUAUGUUUACACAGGGGAGAUUCUUAUAUCCAAUGAGAAUGUCCUGUGCCUGUUGGAGACUGCCUCCAUGCUGCAGUACACCAAGCUGUUUGAGGCCUGCUCUGCCUACCUUCAAGACAAGCUGACUCCUGAGAAUUGUCUGAGCAUGAUUAGACUGGCAAAAAUCUUGAACUGCCAAAGCCUGAAUAAGAAAGCCAGGGCUAUGGCUUUGAAAUAUUUUCCUGUGGUGGCCUCUUCUGAGGACUUGAAGGACCUUUGUCCCUUGGAGCUCAUCGAUUACCUUGGGGAUGAUGAACUCUGUGGGGAGGAGGAACAGGUCUUUGAGGCACUGAUGGUCUGGGUCCGGCACGACCUCCAGGCACGACAAGGCUACAUCCAAGAGUUGUUCAAGAAAGUCCGGCUUCAGUACGUCCAUCCAACUUUCCUCUUCCACUUCAUUGCCAAUGACUCACUCGUUCAGUCCUCACCCACUUGCAGGAGCAUCCUGGAGUCAGCCUGGAGACAUAUGUUUUCCCUGUACAGCACCAACACACCUGACAUCAAACCCAUGAUGCAUGUUCCUCGCCGGUACUCCAACCAAGAGUUCCUCAUCAUCAUUGGUGGCAGGAAGGACAGUCAGCAGACAAGGGAUGUCCUGCUCUAUGAUGACAAGACGAACCAGUGGCUGAGCCUGGCCAAACUUCCCAUGCGCCUGUACAAAGCCUCUGCAGUGAGUUUACACAGCAACAUUUACGUGCUCGGAGGGAUGCCUGUUAGCAACAAGAAAAACCUGGUCAGUGGUAAUAUUUACAUUUACUCCCUCAAACUCAAUCAGUGGAGGUUGAUUGAGCACAUGUUAGUUCCACGUUACUCCCACAGAAGUCUGGCAUAUAAAAAUUAUAUUUUAUCAUUUGGUGGAAUUGGCGAAAACCAGGAAAUCCUGAAUUCUGUGGAAAGAUAUGAUAGCGUCUACAACACCUGUGAGAGCAUGGCAAACAUGCCUGUUGCUGUUCUUCACCCUGCUGUUGCUGCCAAAGAUCAGAGGGUCUACCUCUUUGGGGGAGAAGACAUUAUGCAAAACCCUGUUCGGCUGAUCCAGGUUUACCAUGUCUCCAGGAAUACAUGGUUUCGGAUGGAGACCAGAGUGGUGAAGAAUGUCUGUGCGCCAGCUGUCACAAUUGGAGACCAGAUUAUCAUCAUAGGUGGGUACACCAGGAGAAUCAUUGCUUAUGAUACACAAGGCAACAAGUUUGUUAAAUGUGCAGACAUGAAGGACAGACGCAUGCAUCAUGGGGCCACUGUCAUCAGGAACAAGCUGUAUGUCACAGGAGGACGAUGCCUCACCACAGACAAUGUCAUCAAGGACCUGGAUUCCUUGGACUGCUAUGAUCCAGAGACUGACACAUGGACACCAAAGGGAAAACUGCCACACAAACUCUUUGAUCAUGGAUGCCUUACACUCCAGUGUGUCCCCUGUUCUAACCUUCUCUAAACAAUCUUUGGUACUUCCUCGAUAUUUUGUGCUUUCCUUCCCAGAAAGGACCUGCCUCGGUCUGCAGAGAGCACAUGGGGAAUCCUUAUGGGGUCACACAAACUCUUGACUUUGAAGGCACAAGCAGCGCUAGUCCUUCCGAGACCCUGUGCCAGAAGGGUCAUAAGCUCUGUGCUCGUGCCUGUUCACCUGACUGGUACUGCUUGUGGUGCU